GUAGUAAUGUGAUAUCUCAAACAAUUAUCACUAUCCUAUAUAGAGAUGGACUUACAAGAAACGCAAACAAGCAUGAGCUUUUUGCCUCCGGGAAGAGUAUCACUCCGGUCGAUGACUCUCUCCGACGUCGACGACUACAUGGUUUGGGCAACAGACCCUGAAGUGGCACGCUUCUGCACUUGGGAGCCGUGCACGAGCAGAGACGAAGCCAUCAAAUACAUAACCGAUCGUGUCUUGACACACCCUUGGCUCCGAGCCAUCUGCAUAGAAGACGACCGUCCUAUCGGCUACAUCUUGAUCAUGGCGGUGGAUAACAUCAGAAAAGAGAUAGGUUAUGUCCUAGCGAGAAAGUAUUGGGGAAAAGGGUUUGCGACGGAGGCAGUGAGGCUAGUGACGGCGGAGAUAUUUAAAGAAUUUCCAGAGAUUGAGAGGGUUGAGGCACUUGUCGAUGUGGAAAAUGUUGGAUCUCAAAAGGUUCUUGAGAAAGUUGGGUUUACUAGAGAAGGUGUGAUGAGGAAGUUUCUAUAUAUCAAGGGAAGUGUAAGAGACACUGUUAUGUUUAGUUUCUUGCCUACUGAUACUAUGAAGUAAUUGGAUCAACAAAAACAUUAAUAAACAUAUAUAGAAGUGGUUCACAUUCUAUUUAUAUGUUGGAGUUAGUGUAUGACUCAUACCCAAAAUAGCUUCUCAUUAUAUUACUCUUUGGCUUAUUGGAUGAGUGUUACUGUUUUCUGCGAUGGUGUCAAUCUUAUUACUCUUUGACAAUACCUUGAAUUGUUUCUUAACGGGAUCAUACCCAAAAUAGCUUCUCAGACAACUCCUCUACCUCGUCUUCAUUCUAGGUAAAGUUAAAGAUUCUCCGGUGCUAGGGUUACAUAUAACCGACACCAAAGCUGGAUUUUUCCUUCCCUUUAAGAUCCGUUUUUCAGUAAGACAGACGACGCCGUUGCUAGGACCAAUGAGUCCACAGGCGUUGGGGGAAAUGUGCAAGCUGAUUGGUUGCACAAGAGAUCUCAUCAUGACUUUGAUGAGGAGACUGGUGUGAGGAGAAGAAUUAAGACCAACCCUUGGUUUGUGUCGCAAGCAAACAACAGCUGCGGGUGAGCUGAUGUUUUGGUCAAGAACAACUCCGUGAAAUCUGGAAGUCUAAGUAUGGUGGCCCAGAUCUUGAUACGCAAAGACAUAUAUCUAUAGACUUCGAGGGCAACCUCGAGAAUAUCUCGUUAAUGAGAUCUAUUGGGAUCGAAAAAAAGAUUUGUGCAUGCUUUUUUGUUUUGUAUAAUGAAAAUACUCUGAAUGUAAAAGAUGUGGUUACAAAAGGUAUGAUACUAGUUAGACUGUGAUCGAUAGGUAGAGAUGAGUUUAAAAAAGCAAAGAUUAUUAGCUUAUUAGAAGUUAGAACAAUCUUUUGCUCUAGAUCGAGUGCAUGAAACAAUUAUGUAAAGCGUUAAAUAAGAUAAUAAGAUUCAUUAAGUA